AUGGUUGUAGGUUCGAUAUCAGGCGCACUCUUCGUGCGCAGCGAGACACCAGUGGUGAAACUGAAUAUCAAGGAUUCGCUGACGCUUCCCCAUAGCGCAGAUAUCGAGCUUAUGGCACUCGAGUCUUUCGUUUCGACAACGGACAUGCUUACGCCAGCAGGAACCGACGUCACACUGCUGGUAGCUACGACGUGGGAGCUGCUGCCCGGUGAAUAA